AUGCAUCUGUUUCUGAGGCAGGUCUGGGUGCUGACGGUCAAGAACCUGCUGCUCGUCUGUGUCCGGCCUUAUCGCUCAACUGGGUGGAGGGCCUUGGUCUUGCCGGUUGUCUUUAUUGCCUUCAUAUCGUUUGCCAAGAACCUGUUUGUCGAACCAUCUAUCUAUGGAAUCGGAGACCCAACCCCGGUGCGGACCUUCUCUGAUGCCCUGGAUACAAUUGGGGGAGGCCGAAAUAAACUUGUCUUUGUCAAUAGCGGCUUUGAAACCGGCAACAUCCUACAGGUCAUCGACGCCGUCUCCGAUCCCGCGAAAGCGCAGGGGAAAGACUUCUACGUCCUUACCGACGAAGAAAAGCUAGACCUUGAUUGUCGAAGCUCACUCCGUGGUGUUUCGUCAUGUAUAGCGGCUGUUAUCUUUCAUUCUUCGCCUACAGAGGGCCCUGGUGGGAUAUGGAACUAUACUCUCCGCACAGAUGGCUCGCUGGGGGAAAAGAUCGACGUCAAAAAGACAAGGAAUGACCAGGAGCUAUAUCUCCUACCGUUUCAGCAUUCGAUAGAUUGGGCGAUUGCUCGAGUCGAGAAUGUCACUGGUCUCCCUAGCGAGGUCGACGAGUAUCCUUACACAUCUUUGACACAGAAGCAACGUGAAGAAAAGAUCAGAUCUGCUUAUAUGAGCGCAAUCAUUGAUAUCUUGGGCGAUGCAAUUUUCAUCGGGAGCGUCGGCGUCACAUAUCAUUUGACUGGUCUCAUGGCUUCUGAGCGUGAGCUGGGAAUGAGCCAGUUAAUCGACUGCAUGAUGCCAAAUACAGCCCGUUGGCAGCCGCAAGCUGCUCGUUUUACUGCAGCUCAUCUCGCAUUGGACAUGGUCUACGGUCCUGCGUGGAUCAUCACUGCCUUGAUAUUGAAGUUCGGCGUGUACAGUAAGACGUCUGCCGGAGUCACUGUCAUCUUCAAUCUCCUGAUGGGACUAUCUCUAUCCUCAUUCUCGAUUUUUGGUGCCUUCUUCUUCAAGAAAGCACAGCUCAGUGGCAUCUCCAUGACAAUAACCUGUCUGGUUCUGGGGAUCAUUGCUCAAUUGGCCUCGAUCACUGCAAAUGCGGCUGUUGUCAUUCUCAGCCUAAUAUUUCCACCGAUGAACUACGUCUUCUUCUCGAUAUUAAUGGCGCGGUGGGAAAAGCAGAAUCUGCCGACGGACCUUACCCAGGCGGCUCCAGGGAGCCCGUGGACUGUUCCAGGCAUUGUGCUAUGGAUAUUGUUAAUCAUUCAGAUUGUCUUAUACCCUUGCAUCGGCGGUCUUGUAGAGCGAAGGCUUUACAGUACUGCCUCUAAAGAUCGGAACACAUCGAGAUCUGGAUCACCGUCUGCUCUGAGGCUUCAAGGUUUGGAAAUCGUCAAUGGCCAGAUCAUGGUGCUUCUUGGGGCAAACGGAUCUGGAAAAUCCACGACUCUUGAUGCCAUUUCGGGUCUCACAAAGAUAACAUCAGGCGAGAUCAAUUUGAACCACGAGGAAGACGGCAUAAGAUCUGGACUUUGCCCUCAGAAGAAUGUACUAUGGGACACCUUGACUGUUAUGGAACAUAAGCAGCUGUCGGAGCUCCUACAUGCCUGUGAUCUUAGCAAAAAGGUAAAAGCCUUCUCGAAGACGCUCUCUGGAGGCCAGAAAAGAAAGCUUCAGCUAGCCAUGAUGUUCACUGGCGGCUCAUCCAUCUGCUGUGUUGAUGAAACAGAAGAUUUGGGAUAUCCUUUGGCUGAGAGAGGGUCCCGAACCAUUCUUUUGACCACCCACUUCCUUGAUGAGGCAGAGCUACUAGCGGACCAUAUCGCUAUUCUGUCCAAGGGCGCGCUCAAGGCCGAAGGGUCCAGUGUGGAAUUGAAGCACCGGCUUGGCUCUGGAUACCGUAUUCACGUGUACAAUCUCCCCAGUUCGUCCAGGAUCUCGAACCUGAAAAUUGCAGGCGCCAGCAAGCAAGUCCACUUUGACGAAACCGUUUACACUGUGCCAACAUCCGCAGAUGCCGCGAAUCUUGUUACCAUGCUAGAAGAAGAAAAAAUCACGGAAUACCGUGUUAGUGGACCGACCAUCGGAGAUGUUUUCCUCAAGGUUGCACAGGAUAUAGACCUUCCUCUUGCUUCUUCUGAAGAUGAUUCCAGUGUUAUCAAUGAGAAGCCAAAAGAUGACGGGACGCAGGAAAUUCCUAAUCAGUCUUCCACCGCGCCCCGGCUUCUUUCUGGAAAGCAGAUAGGGAUGCUGCGUCAAGCGUGGGUGCUCUUUUGCAAGAGAGUCACCAUCCUCCGCCGCAACAACUUCUUGUAUGUCGCAGCACUCCUGAUUCCUGUCAUUGCAGCAGCUCUGGUUACUUUAUUCUUGAAGAGUGCCAGCAGAGCUGGCUGUUCUAGUACCAGCGCCUACUCCACUCCCAGCUUAGAAGCCCUUGACACACUUGCGAAUAUUGAUAUAGUGUUGGGUCCAACUGACAAGGUAACAACGUCGGCAUUGGAUUUAUAUUGUCAAUGUUGGAAAAAUCGCCUUCAUUUGGUCGACAGUCUUCAAGAAUUCAACACCUACAUCGACGACCACUUUGCGAAUGUGACGCCAGGAGGCUUCUAUAUCGGGGAUUCCUCCUCUCUACCAUCAUUAGCUUGGAAUGGCGAUGAAGACGAUUUUGCCCUGGCUUCUAUCAUUCAAAACGCUCUUGACAUCUUCGUGACGAACACUUCCAUCGGCUUUCAGUUCCAUUACUUUGCUAUCCCAUGGGCAUCGGGCUUGGGCAAGUCCCUUCAGCUCAUUGUCUACUUUUGUCUCGCCAUGGCGGUCUAUCCUGCUUUUUUCUCCUUGUAUCCGACAUUCGAGCGACUGAGACGGAUUCGGGGUCUACACUACAGCAAUGGAGUCAGAAGCCUCCCGCUCUGGCUGGUGUACCUCGCCUUUGACUUUUGCAUCGUGGUCGCCAUCAGCGUGCUGGCUAUCGUGGCAUUUCGAGCUGCUUCCGAUAUCUGGUAUCAUUCGGAGUAUCUCUUUGUUGUCUUCUUCCUCUACGGACUCUGCUCCACACUGUUUUCGUAUGUGAUCUCACUAUUUGUGAGCUCACAACUCGCGGCUUUCGCAUUUGCUGCCGGGGCCCAGUGCGUAGGGUUCCUGAUCUACUUAAUUGCUUACCUGUGUAUCCUGACUUAUGCUCCCACUGCCAAGAUCGACUCUUAUAUCACCAUUGCCCAUUUUGUGAUUUCUGUGGUGACGCCUAUGGGCAGCCUUACUCGAGCAAUGUUCUCCUCUCUCAACAUCUUCUCUAUCCUCUGCCGUGAUAAAGAAGUGGCCUCCUACCCCGGAGAGAUCACUCUUUACGGCGGCCCUAUUGUCUAUUUGGUUGUCCAGUCUUUGAUACUAUUUGCAGCACUUCUAUUGCUGGAUGAGGGUCCCGCAUUGUCAAGGCUGCUAGUAUGCACCAAGGGCCGUGGACCGGAUCUGGAAGACAGUGGCCGAUUAGAGCCAAUUGUCGGCGGCAAUGCGCCUGCUGAUAAUGACGGCUUGGGUGCCAGGCACCUAACCAAAUCGUUCAAAAAGAUAACCGCUGUCGAAGACGUCACCUUCGGAGUGAACAAAGGCGAGGUUUUCGCGCUUCUGGGACCCAACGGCGCCGGAAAGACGACCACCAUCAGUCUCAUACGCGGUGAUAUCAAGCCGUCCAGGCGGGGCGGGGAGAUCUUAGUCGAGAAUGUAUCCGUCAUCAAAAAUCGAGCUGCCGCAAGAGCGCAUCUCGGGGUGUGUCCGCAGUUCGACGCGAUGGACCAGACGACCGUGCUCGAGCAUUUGCGAUUCUACGCCCGUAUCCGGGGUGUGUCGGAUGUAGAGCACAAUAUCAGAGAGGUGCUUCGCGCCGUGGGACUCACACCAUUCCAGCACCGCAUGGCGAUGAAGCUGUCUGGCGGAAACAGACGGAAACUGUCGCUGGGAAUCGCGCUGAUGGGGAACCCGGCCAUGCUGCUUCUCGACGAGCCCUCCUCGGGCAUGGACGCAGCCUCGAAACGGGUGAUGUGGAAGACGCUGGUCUCUGUGGUACCCGGACGGUCGAUCGUGCUCACCACGCACUCCAUGGAGGAAGCAGACGCGCUGGCCAACCGGGCUGGGAUCAUGGCGAAGCGAAUGCUAGCGCUAGGCACAACGGACGAUCUCCGGGCCCGGUAUGGUAACAUGUACCAUGUCCAUCUGGUACACUCGCAAGCACCGCACACCUCCGACUCGGACAUGGAACGCAUCCGCCGAUGGGUGAUUGAGACCUUCCCCGGUGCCGAGAUCGAACAAAAGACCUACCAUGGCCAAUUGAGAUUCAGUGUGCCGGCAUCACUUGCUGUCGACCCGCCCUUUAAUACUCCUACUACCAAUAAUAAUCAAGAUUGUUCCAUCAGUCAAAGACAACAAGGGGACGGCCUGGUCGUGCACCUCCCAGAUGCAACGUCCAAGAACAGCGGGAUCGGAACCCUCUUCGCCAGCCUUGAGAACGACAAGCAACAAUUGGGAUUCCAGCACUAUUCCGUUAGCCAGACAUCUUUGGAUCAGGUCUUCUUGACAAUAGUCGGUCAACACAACGUGCAAGAGGAGAACUCGGGGUAG